AGUCAGUUUCGUUCCUGAAAACACAUUCAACAUGCGAGAGAAAGCAACGGGCUUUUGGGCUUGCAGGUACAUUCUAAGUAUUUAUGUAUUAUUAUUAUGUACCGAAGUUUGUUUUAGUUAUUAUAAAUGUUUCACAACGCAUAUGGGUUAUGCUACGUCCACGUUUUUGGUAUGUCGUCGUGCUAUGGGUGCACAUCCAAGAUAACAGAGAACUGAUUCUCAGCUGUUCUGGUUACUGCAAUGAAUGGUAACACUAUCCAUCAGGCUACGACCACAGCUUUGGUUGCAGUGCCUCGUGGCUGGAGGGAGUUCUGUGAGUUGCAUGCCAUUGCCACGGCCCGAGAACUAGCCAACCACUACCGGAACUUUGCCAGGGAGUGGCCAGUGCACGAUGUCGUCCCCCCAGACAGCUUCUCCAAGCAGUUCAGUGAGCUGUUCCAGCAGCACUUCCACAGUGAGGUGGCCAAAGAACUCCCUGCAUCGACCCCUCCCCCCAUGAUGGGCCGGCUCCGCAUCACCACCUCCUCCGAGGCGCUGGACUACAGGGAGGCGGGCCGGUCUGGCGUUCUGGCCCCAAAGACGGAGCCUGUGCCGGUGAGCCGGGAGCAGGGGAACCCCAUCCGGUGCUCGGCAGCCAACCCGGUGCUACGAGCUCGAGCUCCCAUCCAGAGCCGCAGCCAGGAGGAGGUGACUGUGUCGGAGGGGCGUCCUGUGUCUGAACGGUACAUCCCCACCUCGACUUCCUUCACUGCUGCUGAAGUUACACACUUCUCCGUCAGCCAGAUCAGGAAAAGCGUGUGCCGUCUCUUUAAGAAGCCCCCGACGCCCCUUCAGGACCUGCAGCCCAGCAGGCUGGUGGACAGGGGAAUGGGUGGGGCGCUGGAGGAAGUGACGGCCUUAUCGUCGUCAGCGCUGACUGGGAACCCCUCCCACGAGACCACGCCCUCGGCCUCCCCCACGUCGACCCACUUCCUAGAACGGCUGAAUAGCAGGUUUGUCCGUAGGCAGAGUGGGAAGCGCAGGCCGCAGGCUGCAAGCAGCUGCAAGGAGGGCCAGCUGAAGUACCUGGUGGUUGACGACACUAUCUCGGACACACAGCAUCGUUGGCAGCGCUGCCGCCUGCUUGUGAGGAAGAUCAGAGAGGGCCUGGCAGGAGAGAGGUUCCAGCUGGAGCUCUACGACCCCCCCAAGGGCUCCAGUCCUAAACUGACAGCACGUUGCUCAGACAUCCUGGAGAUCCGCCGCUGCAACUGUCUGGAGAUGCCGGACAAUACAAACACGUUUGUUCUAAAGGUUAAUCACUAUCCAGGUAGUCUCAUAUUUGAGACCGACAAUGACCAACAGGUCAGCUCCUGGACAACAGAAAUUAAAGAAUGGAUAAACAACAGGUCUGGGAGCGGGGAUUUGGAACGCCUAACCUACCCUACGGAUAAUGCUGCGACGGCCAACCGGAGAGGGAGCUCCGAGUCAGGGAGUCAGGGCUCUGCGACCUUUCCCCUCUCGGAGCAGGUGUACCAUAAGACUGACCACUUCCUGUGUUUGUACCCCUGGUUCCAUGGCCCCAUCUCGCGGGUCAAGGCGGCCCACCUGGUCCAGAACUCGGGCCUGGAGGGCCACGGAGUCUUCCUGGUGAGGCAGAGUGAGACCCGCCGCGGAGACUAUGUCCUCACCUUCAACUACCAGGGCAAGGCCAAGCACCUGCGUCUGUCUCUAACAGAGUGUGGUCAGUGUAGGGUGCAGCAUCUGCGCUUCCCCUCCGUCAUGGACAUGCUCAGUCACUUCCGCCUCUACCCCAUACCCCUGGAGUGUGUCGCCGCCUGCGACGUCACCCUCACCAGCUUUGUGGUGGCCAAUUCUACCGCACAAGGUCAGAGUUCAUCCGCUGUCCUGGUUCCUUUCUCCCUGCACCGCUGGAGCUCCGAACCCAGCCUAGCCCACUGCAGCCCCAGCCUGCUCCCCUCUCCAGACCCCUUUCCCCAGCCCAGGCUCCCUCUCCUACGCCCUGCGCCCUUCCCAGACCUUUCCACCUCGGGUCCCCUGCGUCGGAGCGAGUCUGUGGGCCGCAGACCUAUUCUGCGUCACCCCAACCCCCACCCACCCCUCCUCACUCAACGGGACUCCGACUACGAACUGGAGCCAGACAGAGGCCGCAAGCGGGCCAUCGACAACCAGUACAUGUUCCUCUAACUGAAGCCAGACCGGGGCCGCAAGCGGGCCAUCGACAACCAGUACAUGUUCCUCUAACUGAAGCCAGACCGGGGCCACAAGCGGUCCAUCAGCAACCAGUACAUGUUCCUCUAAUUGGUGGACUCCCUGGUCACAGCCGACCCAGUGGUGGCUCUGAGACUCCAAAUGAGCGACUCAUGAGUGAACGUGUAUGCCACAGUGGAGGUCUGUCUCGUGGGCUGGGUGUCAGAGGUCUGACCCGAGUGUCCAUUGUGAAUGUAUUUUUUUAGGAAAGUGUCUAAUCUUGUUAUGAUUGUCAUUUUCUGAAGCGGCUGUCGUGGUCCUUCUAAGGGACGUUGCUACAUGGAAGGUCUUCCCUCAGUCCCUCCCUUCUAUAGGGGUCUGUUCACUCCCUCCACACAUACACUCCAUUUAAGUGAAUUCUAAUGUUCUUUGAUACCCUGUGUAUUAGUGUACUUUUAAACAGUGUAUUUUAGUACGCAGACUAUUUUUGUAGGAAUAUGAAAGUGUUGAAAAAUAAAUAAUUAUUUAAAAAAACUUAACUGUGAGCUUAGGGCUGUUACGGUGACGAGUCAUGACCACAGUCAAAUUCCAUGUGACUAACCUUCUCAAACUGCGCUCUGAUGGUUAGUAGCCUACCAAACGUGCCAGUCGCUCAGCACUAUUGUCCCUCUAAUCACUCUGACAUCAAUGCAAAUCACACUUCAUGAGAGCUCAUGUUGCACAACAUUUUUAUAGGCUAUGCAAUUGUGUGAGAAAAGCGUUUUGAUGGCCUCUAAUAAAAAGAGGCACAGCUUUCUAUAAUCUAGGCCUACUAUAUUUCUCAACUUUCCUAAUAUUAAGCACAUUGCUUCUCUUUACAACAUGAGUAUAGCCUAACGGGCUGUAAUGAAAAUGAACCACGGGAAAAGCAACCUCCAUUCGUUAUUUUAAGUGCGUAGAUUACAUUUCCCCCCCCCCCCCCCCCCCCCUCUUCCGACAGGUGCAAGAUAAUGGUCCAUUAAGUAAAGACUAGAUUAGUAUUAGUAUAGGUAAAGACAAGAUUAGUCUGAUGGGUGACAAUAUUUGGCUAUCACUCAUGAAUGAUGCCCAGGGUGUGCAAUAAGGUAAGAAACAGAGCAUGUUUUGUUUUUUUGCAACUUUUUCUAACCAUAGUCGCACAUGUCAUGUAGCCUAGCCCAUUAUUACGGUGUAGAGACCAACUGACAUACAGUACCGUUCUAAAGUUUGGGGUCACUUAGACAUGUCCUUGUUUUUGAAAGAAAAGCACUUUUUCUUUUGUCCGUUAAAAUAACAAAUUGAUCAGAAAUACGUUGUGAAUGACUUGUUUAUGGAAUAUCUACAGAGGCCCAUUAUCAGCAACAAGCACUCCUGUGUUCCAAUGGCACGUUGUUAGCUAAUCCAAGUUUAUCAUUUUAAAAGGCUAAUUGAUUAUUAGAAAACCUUUCUGCAAUUGUUAGCACAGCUUAAAACUGGCCUUUAGACUAGUUGAGUAUCUGGAGCAUCAGCAUUUGUGGGUUAGAUUACAGGCUCAAAAUGGCCAGAAACAAAGCACUUUCUUCUGAAACGUCAGUCUAUCCUUGUUUUGAGAAAUGAAGGCUAUUCCAUGGGAGAAAUUGCCAAGAAACUGAAGAUCUCGUACAACAAUGUGAACUACUCCCUUCACAAAACAGUGCAAACUGGCUCUAACCAGAAUAGAAAGAGUGGGAGGCCCUGGUGCACAACUGAGCAAGAGGACAAGUACAUUUGUGUCUAGUUUGUGACAGACGCCUCAAGUCCUCAACUGACAGCUUCAUUAAAUAGUCGCAGAGGCGCGACCCCGGGAUGCUGGCCUUCUAGGCAGAGUUCCUCUGUCCAGUGUCUGUUCUUUUGUCCAUCUUUUCUUUUUAUUUGCAACUCUGCCUAGAAGGCCAGCAUCCCGGAGUCACCUCUUCACUGUUGACGUAGGUGUUUUUGUUGGUACGAUUUAAUGAAGCUGUCUGUUUCGAACUAGACACUAGUCCUCUUGCUCAGUUGUGCACCAGGGCCUCCCACUCCUAUUCUAAUCUGGUUAAAGCCAGUUUGCGCUGUUCUGUGAAGGGAGUAGUACACAGCAUUGUACGAGAUCUUCAGGAUUAGCUAACACAACACAGGAGUGAUGGUUGCUUAUAAUGGGCCUCUGUAUGUAGAUAUGCCAUAACAAAAUCAGCCGUUUCUAGCUACAGUAGUCAUUUACAACAUAAACCAUGUCUACACUGUAUUUCUGAUCUAUUUGAUGUUACUUUAAAAAUACAUUUGUGACCCCAAACUUUUGAACGGUAGUGUACAUCAACAGUAACAUUGACAAAGUCAUCAAUAUUUGAAAACACAGAAUCCCAGACAAUGUUCAGAAAUGUGAGAUGUUCUCAUUUACCAUAAAAAUGCACCUUUUUAUAAUAAAGCAUUACAUGUCUAAUCGUAUUUGCAGACUUAUGUAAGAUGGCUUACUAUUUGUAAUGUGAUGAGUAAGUAGAUAGUUAUAAUUUAGGCAAAUAAUAACUGAAUCACUGUUGGUAAAACAAAAAAGAGCGUUCAGUCCAUUGCUGAGCACGUAUAGCAGGCCAAGGCUAUAUGGGAUACAUUUCUUCUUUGCAUGUGAAUAAUGUGGCCUUUUUAUAAAUGCAAUAUGGCGGGAGACAUUAGCAUCUUUUUUUAAUAGGACAAAUUAAAAUGAGUAGCCUACUCAGCUGACAGUGACCAUAUAAUAGGCCUACGAGAAGGGGUGAGACACGUCCAUCUAAACUGGAAAUCAUUUUUCAAAAACAAACUUAAGUGGCACUGACCCAACAAUGUUCACUCAAUUAAGUUGAGAAUUUUGAUAAGACAAUUAGUCCUUUCACUGUCUUCUCUUUACAGCAUUAAUCAUUUGCUUUCCAAACUGUUUUCCCGCAAUUGUAUUUUGAAAUAUUGCUAUAUGCCUGGCUAGGCCUCUAAUUUUCAAACAGUCGCAACUCAACAAAUAUCUGCCCAAAUUGAACAGCCUUUCAUUCCAAAUAUAGGCAAUGCGAUUUAACAGUUUUAUUUUGAAUGAUUAUAUUUAUUAUUUAUGUUUAGGCAAAUUAGGCUAUAUAAUUUUGGCAAUUUUAAUUAAAUUUCCUUUGGGAGAAUCUUACCUUUUUAAUAUGCAAGCAUAGGGGAAGCGAACUGCACGCAACCUCCAUAUGCUGUUAGAGUGCAGGCUACAUGGGUUUUGUGGGCCAUUCUAAUGAAAAAAAUAUUCCACACAUAUUAGGCUAUAUGUAAAGACCAUAUUAAAUUGAGAAUAGGCUGAAGGGUGAGAUUAUCAAGUGCUUGUCAAAUUGUGAUUGAGAGACUGAAGUGUGCAGCCUGCACAAGAAACAGAGCUAAUGCCUUUCAUGCGACUAUUAAAAAUCAAAACAUGUCCCUACUAAAGUUGCAUUAUAAAAAACUAAGCAUAUAGAAGUACCUAUAUGUUAACUACUCAGACUAGCCGCAUGUGCGCACUUCCUCAAGGAUAUUUAUUAUAUAUUCAUUCUAUAAAAUAAAUGCCAUGCAAUUCCAAGCAUAUCUUGUCUGCUAAAUGAACUAGUGUAGCCCACAGCCAUAUCAGGGUCUAACAUAAGUACAACUCAGUAUGCUAUUCUGUUCUGAAAUAGACAUUUUCUUAAUAUCAUGUUUCUUUAGAACUGUCUAAAAUGAAUAAUGGAUUUAAUGUGAUGGUGGAACAGGCAAUUACCGUAGAGACCAGCAGUUAUUGGCUUGACAAUCACCGGCUGACAAUUUCAUGAUCUCCACAACCCUAAAUGAGCCUUCCAUGUAUGUUUGGAAGAGGCUCAUAGUUGGGGUGUGUUGGUGCUAAACCUCAAGAGAUGUGACUGAAUAAAGGGUUUGGGAGGAGACAUGAAACCCAACCUAGUCUAUGGUCCUCAACACACUCAAGUUGUACAAAACCUUUCACACAAUGGUUAUGAUACGACAGUUUGUCUACCCAAAACAUUUACACAACCCUUGUGUAAAAAUACAUUUAAAAAAUAUCGCCAUUGUACAUCAGUUGUAAAAACCUGAAUGUGUACAGGGCCAAAGAUCAGCGUGUUUAAUUUCCUAUCAGCAUGAAACAGAAAGGUCCUUACCUGUGCUCUCCAUCUCUACCAGGAAGUAACGGAUAACUCAUCCUGGUCCUCUCUAAAGGCAUUUUUUUGGCUUGUAAAAUGUUUGCAGAUGCUACAUUUGAAUGUUUGUCUAUGGCUUCUUAAUCAUCGAGCUCUAGAAAGCGGCCCUCACUAAGAACCCAUGUGGUGCCUUAACACUGUGUACGCAACCAUUCUGGUAUACAUUUGUUUAUUAAAACACUUUCUGGAUAUUCUCUAACACACCCUCCUUUUCUGUAUGUAGCUCUUCCCCCUUGCUUAACACUAACUUAGCAGUGACACUUUAGUCAGCGACUCAUCAACCUCGAUGUUAUGCAGUAUUUAUGGUAAUCAUAGGGUUUCCUGUUUAAGAAAUGCACAAAGGCAGGUUGAUCUCCUUACACAUGAUCAGGAUAUUUUAUUUUCAUUGCAUAAUUGAGCUACAAAUGUAUCAAGGGUAUCUUCCAAUAUUGAAACUGACAUUAAGUGUUGUGGUGGUGGUGGGAAUAGACAAUUGUAAAGUACGGUUGGUCUCCUGCACUUAAGUUUAAACUAAACCUAAACGUCUGUUCUGCAAAAGGAAAUGAACGGUAUCAUUGAUUUAUCAGUCCCUGUAGAGAGAGACUGCUUUUGCUUUAACCUUUUGAACCUCCGGACCGGACGUUAGAAAUUAGUGCAAGAACAUAUUUCCCAUGAUUUGGCUUAUUGAACACUUUAUAUUAUGGCUUAACCUGUACAUUGGAGAAACAAACCAUUCAUACUUGGCAUCCAGCAAUAAAGAUCACCCCUACUUACGUCAGUGUCAAGCUGAGUGCAUUCCAUCACUGCAGACCUGGGUUGCUUCCUCUUCAACUGUCUGCACAUAGGUUUGUUUUAUACUCCCAAGGAAACAGUGCAAAUGGAUUGGUAUCAAACACAGAAACCAUGUUUGAUGCCAUUACCACCUGCCAAUCCUCACCAAUUAAAAGGUGCCUCCAACCUCCUGUGCUCAGGUAUUAGAACAUUUGCUUGCAAGCAUUUAUUUUGGCCCCUCAGCGACGCCUUGGCUGACGUUUGUACAUUGAGUUCAACUGAUGAAUGCAUGUCUUCAAUACUGUUGAUUCUAUUUAUGUAUUAGCACUGUAACAUUCCAUCACUAAGUAAACCACCCCAAAGCUUUUUCUCUCGAUCUUUGAUCAAUUGUUACAUUUCCCUCAGUUAUAAGCAUUCUAAAUUUAUAUAAAUUGUAUAUUUGACUUUUGGAAAAUAAAGCUAACCAAAACACA